AUGGAGGCUGCAAUUACCAGAAAGGACAACAUCAUCACCGCGUAUCGCGACCAUUGCUUAUACCUUGGCCGUGGUGGAACCUUAUUGGAAACAUUUGCAGAGCUAAUGGGGCGUAAGGAUGGAUGUUCAAAGGGAAAGGGUGGUUCGAUGCAUUUCUAUAAGAAGGAGAAUGGUUUUUAUGGAGGGCAUGGGAUUGUGGGAGCUCAAGUGCCAUUAGGUUGUGGGCUAGCUUUUGCGCAGAAGUAUAGUAAGGAGGAUAAUGUGUCGUUUGCGCUUUAUGGAGAUGGAGCGGCGAAUCAGGGGCAGCUGUUCGAGGCCUUGAAUAUGGCUGCUCUUUGGGAUCUUCCUGCGAUCUUAGUUUGCGAGAACAAUCACUAUGGGAUGGGGACGGCUGAGUGGAGGGCAGCAAAGAGUCCAGCCUAUUAUAAGAGAGGAGACUAUGUUCCUGGUUUGAAGGUGGAUGGUAUGGAUGCCCUUGCUGUGAAACAAGCAUGCAAAUUUGCAAAGGAACACGCUUUAAAGAAUGGACCAAUCGUGAGUACAUUUAUCA